AUGUCUCUCUUCCUGCGAACUUUGUCUCUUAGACCUGCAUCGUUUUCUUUUUUCCUCUCUGCCACCGCCAUAUCCGCUUCAAACGCCGCCGUUUUAUCCUUUGUACCCAAACGGAGAAAUUUGAUUCCCGGAACCCGAAGAACUUUCUCUAAUUCCCCGGCCGCGACUGCCUCGUCCACCUCCGGCGACGCGGCAGUGAAGUCGAUUCCAAAUUCUCCGUCGGUUCUCCGGUGGGUGUCGCGCACAGAGCUUUGCGGCGAAUUAUCAGUCGAUGAUGUUGGUAAAAGGGUCCACCUUUGCGGAUGGGUUGCUCUUCACAGAGUCCAUGGAGGUCUCACUUUCCUUAAUCUUAGAGAUCAUACCGGCAUUGUCCAGGUUAGGACGCUUCCGAAUGAGUUUCCUGAGGCUCAUGGCUUGAUCAAUGACAUGAGGCUUGAGUACGUUGUUUCGGUGGAAGGUACUGUUCGUAGUAGGCCAAAUGAGUCCAUCAACAAGAAAAUGAAAACUGGACUCGUGGAGGUAGUUGCAGAGCAUGUUGAGAUAUUGAAUCCUGUGAGGUCAAAGCUCCCCUUCCUAGUUACUACUUCAGACGAGACAAAAGAUUCAAUUAAAGAAGAAAUUCGCUUAAGAUUUCGUUAUCUUGAUCUACGCCGUCAGCAAAUGAAGAAUAAUAUUGUUCUUCGCCAUAAUGUGGUGAAGCUGAUUAGGAGAUAUCUUGAAGACAGGCAUGGGUUUAUUGAGAUUGAAACUCCAAUACUCUCCAGAUCUACUCCAGAAGGCGCGCGAGAUUACCUGGUUCCCUCAAGAAUUCAGUCAGGAACAUUCUAUGCUUUGCCACAAAGUCCACAGCUCUUCAAACAAAUGUUAAUGGUCUCCGGUUUUGACAAAUAUUACCAGAUAGCAAGAUGUUUUAGAGAUGAAGAUCUAAGAGCUGAUAGGCAGCCUGAAUUCACUCAGCUUGAUAUGGAAAUGGCUUUUAUGCCUAUGGAGGACAUGCUGAAGCUGAAUGAAGAUCUUAUCCGUAAGGUCUUUUCAGAGAUCAAAGGUAUCCAGCUACCUGAUCCGUUCCCAAGGCUGACGUAUGCUGAUGCAAUGGAUCGAUAUGGCUCAGAUAGACCAGAUACAAGAUUUGAUCUUGCGUUGAAAGACGUGUCAAACAUUUUCACAAAAUCGUCCUUCAGGGUUUUUACGGAGGCCCUUGAAAGUGGUGGAAUCAUUAAGGUAUUAUGUGUGCCUUUGGGUGCCAAAAAGUAUUCCAACUCAGCCCUCAAAAAAGGAGAAAUUUACAGUGAAGCAGUAAAAUCCGGAGCAAAGGGUCUACCUUUCCUGAAGGUCUUGGAUAAUGGUGAGGUCGAGGGAAUUGCAGCAUUAGUUUCUAGUUUAGAUUCGGCGGGUAAAAACGAGUUGGCGAGACAAUGUGGAGCAGAGCCUGGUGAUCUUAUUUUAUUUGGAGUGGGUUCUGUUACUUCUGUUAAUAAAACACUAGACAGGUUAAGACUCUUUGUAGCCCAUGACAUGGAUUUGAUUGACCAAUCCAAGCACUCCAUUCUAUGGGUAACAGAUUUCCCAAUGUUUGAGUGGAAUGAACCAGAGCAGAGGCUUGAGGCAUUACAUCAUCCAUUCACAGCUCCUAGGCCUGAAGAUAUGGAUGACUUACCUUCUGCACGAGCUCUCGCCUAUGACAUGGUCUAUAAUGGGGUCGAGAUUGGUGGAGGAAGUUUAAGGAUAUAUAAACGGGACGUUCAAGAAAAGGUUUUGGAGAUCAUUGGCAUCUCAGCUGAAGAGGCUGAAGCAAAGUUUGGCUAUCUUCUGGAGGCUCUUGACAUGGGUGCUCCCCCUCAUGGUGGAAUUGCUUACGGAUUGGAUAGGAUGGUGAUGAUGCUUGGAGGUGCGAGUUCCAUAAGAGAUGUGAUUGCCUUCCCAAAGACAACCACGGCGCAAUGUGCCCUAACAAGGACUCCCUCAGAAGUCGAUCCACAGCAGCUUCAAGAUCUCUCUAUCCGCACCAAAUAA